GAUAUUAUUCUAUACAGACAAAUAGAUUCUUUUGUGUUACACGUGUCGGCGAAAUCUGUAUUUUUAUCCAAAAAAUUUUUUUUCAAAAACAUUUGAAUUCCUGAAGUUCUUUUGAAUUUUCUAAGUUGACUGAAAAGCACAAACAACCAUAACAACAACAACCAAAUAUGAUUAGUAUUCUGAAAGAAUUGGAACGUAUUUUCAAGAAUGCAUUUGAAAAAGCAUUUCCAACAUUGCCGAAUGUUACUGUUGAAUUUACUCGUAGUGAUUAUGCUGAUUUUCAAUGUAAUAAUGCAUUAAAAUUGAAAAAAUUAUUACCGGAUAAAAAAAACCCGGUUGAAAUUGCUAAAAUGAUUAUUGAUUCAAUAGAAUCGAAUAAUAUUAUUGAAAAUACUACUGUUUCGGGACCGGGUUUCAUAAACAUUACCAUAAGUCCGAAAUUUCUUUGCGAUAAAAUUUUGGAAAUUAUCCUGAAUGAUGUUCAUAUUAAUCUUUCCAAUUCGAACGGUGAUGGUGAUGAUAAUCGGCCAAUUAUUGUUGAUUAUAGUUCACCAAAUAUUGCCAAAGAAAUGCAUGUUGGUCAUUUACGUUCAACAAUUAUUGGUGAUAGUGUUGCACGUUUAUUGGAAUUUGUUGGCCAUAAUGUUUUACGUAUCAAUCAUAUUGGUGAUUGGGGUACACAAUUUGGUAUGUUAUUAACACAUUUAAUGGAUACUUAUCCAGAUUUUCAAUCAAAACCACCACCAAUCGAAGAUUUACAAACAUUUUAUAAACAAUCAAAAAAACGUUUUGAUGAUGAUGAAGAUUUUAAAAAACGUUCAUUAGAAACAACUGUUCAAUUACAAUCAAAAGAACCAAAGUUGAUUGAUGCAUGGAAAAUGAUUUGCGAUAUUUCACGUAAAGAAUUUGCUGAAAUUUAUCAAUUAUUAAAUAUAAGUAAAAAUCUGAUUGAACGUGGUGAAUCAUUUUAUCAGGAACGAAUGAUUGAUGUUGUCAAAGAUCUUGAAGAACGUGGAUUUUUGGUUGAAGAAGAUGGUCGUAAAGUUUUUUAUCCAAAAAAUUCAAAAGUACCACCAUUAACCAUUGUUAAAUCGGAUGGUGGUUUUACAUAUGAUACAUCAGAUAUGGCUGCUAUAAGACAACGCGUUCAGGAAGAAAAUGCAUCACGUAUUAUCUACACUACGGAUGCCGGACAGGCUGUACAUUUUAAAUCAUUUUUUGAUUGUGCCGAAAUAUGUGGUUAUUAUGAUCCAAACAAAGUACGUCUUGAUCAUCUUACAUUUGGUGUUGUACUUGGUGAAGAUCGUAAACGUUUUAAAACACGUUCCGGAGAAACUGUUAAACUUAAAGAUUUGAUUAAUGAAGGUUUAGAACGUUCACGGCAAAAAUUAUUGGAAAAAGAACGUGAUAAAGUUUUGACCGAUGAAGAAAUGACCAUUGCACAAAAAGCAAUUGCCAUCGGAUGUAUAAAAUAUGCUGAUCUUUCACAUGAUCGUAAUAAUGAUUAUAUCUUUAGUUUUGAUCGUAUGUUAGAUGAUAAAGGUAAUACGGCUGUUUAUCUUCUUUAUACAAUCACUCGUAUACGUUCGAUUAUAAGAAAUUGUAAUUUGAAUCGUUCGAUCAACGAUAUUGGUCAAGAAUUAUCCAAGAACUCUUCAUUUCAAUUGGAUCAUCCAAGAGAAAUUAAAUUGGCAAAAUUUAUUCUAAAUUUUCCGGAUAUUAUCAUACAAAUUGUUGAUAAUUUAUAUUUACAUCUUUUAUGUCGUUUUCUAUUUGAUUUAUCAGUAAUAUUUACCGAAUUUUAUGAUCAAUGUUAUGUUAUUGAAAAAAUUGAUAAUAAUGAAACAAAAAUCAAUUUGAAUCGUGUAAUUCUUUGUGAAGCAACCGUUAAAAUUAUGGAAACUGGUUUAAAAAUUUUAGGAAUUGAAACUGUGGAAAAAAUGAAAACUGAAAAAGAUGAAUUGGAAACAAAAAUCACAAAACUUAGUAAUGGUUUAAGAGUUGCAUCACAAAAUAAAUUUGGUCAAUUUUGUACAAUCGGUACGGUUAUUGAUUCUGGUUCACGUUAUGAACGUAAUCAUCCAAAUGGUAUAUCACAUUUUAUUGAAAAGUUAGCAUUCAAUUCGACUGAAGAUUUCGAUAGUAAAGAUUCAAUAAUGAAAAUAUUAGAAAAAUAUGGUGGUAUUUGUGAUUGUCAAGGUUCACGUGAUACAUUAAUCUAUGCUGCAAGUGUACAUUCAAAAGGUUUAGAUUCAGUUAUGCAUCUUUUAUCUGAAGCUGUUUUGCGACCAAAAUUUACUGAUAUGGAAAUGGAAUUUGCACGUCGUAUGAUUCAAUUUGAACUACAAGAUUUAGAUAUGAGACCAGAUCCUGAACCAAUUCUACAUGAAAUGAUUCAUUCAGCAGCUUAUCGUGGAAAUACAUUGGGUUUGAAUCGGCUGUGCAGUGAGGAAAAUAUCAAUAUUAUUCAACGAAAUGAUCUUUUUGAUUAUAUAAAUCUUUAUCAUCGUCCUGAAAGAAUGGUUAUUGCUGGUGUUGGUGUUGAACAUGAUCGUCUGGUAGAAUUGGCUGAAAAAUUUUUCGUCCAACGUAAACCAAUUUGGGAAUCUGACACGGCGAUUUCCACACAUUUAAAUCGUAGUAUUGAAUUAGAUGAUUCAAUAUCACAAUAUACUGGUGGUGUUAAUGCCGUAACAAAAGAUCUUUCCGAUAUUAGUCUUGGUCCAACACCAAUGCCUGAAUUGGCACAUUUUGUUAUCGGUCUGGAAUCAGUAUCACAUCAAGAUUUGGAUAAUUUUGUUCCAAUCUGUGUUCUGAAUAUAUUAAUGGGUGGUGGUGGUUCAUUUUCAGCUGGUGGCCCUGGAAAAGGAAUGUACACCAGACUUUAUACACGUGUUUUGAAUCUUUAUCAUUGGAUGUUUAGUGCAACAGCAUUGAAUCAUUCAUAUCAAGAUAGUGGCCUGUUCUGUAUACAUGCAUCAGCACAUCCAAAACAAUUACGUGAAUUAGUUAUGGUAAUUUUGUCGGAAAUUGUUUCACUAACUAAUAAUGGUAUCAGCAAUGAUGAAUUGAAGCGGGCAAAAAAUCAAUUAAAAUCAAUGUUAUUAAUGAAUUUAGAAGCUCGGCCGGUAAUGUUUGAAGAUAUUGGUCGACAAGUUUUAUCCAGUGGACAACGUCGGCAACCACAAUUUUAUAUUGAUCGUAUUGAUAAAGUUAGCGAAGAUGAUUUAAUACGUGUAGCACGGGAAAUGUUAAAAACUCGAGCAUCAAUUACUAAUCGAAUUCAUCAAAAUAAUAAUAAUCAAAAUAAUCAACAACAUCAUAGACAAAUUAGCCAUAGUAAUAAUAACCGUAAUAAAGCAAUUAUAAUAUUGAAUAAUCAAUUAAGGCAAUUAUUGAAAAAACCAAAUGAUCAUUUUAGUGUUGGUUUGGUUGAUGAAUCGAAUAUAUUUCUAUGGGAAAUAAUGAUUGUUGGACCACGUGAUACACUGUAUGAAGGUGGUCUAUUUAAAGCACAAUUACAAUUUCCAUCAAAUUUUCCGGAUUCACCACCAAAAAUGCGUUUCUUAUCCGAAAUGUGGCAUCCAAAUAUUUCAAAAUCUGGUGAUGUUUGUAUAUCAAUUUUGCAUAAUCCAAAUUUACAAACAUUUGGUUAUGAAGAAAAUUUACAACGUUGGGCACCAGUUUAUUCAGUUGAAACUAUUGUUAUGUCAGUAAUUUCAAUGUUAAGUGAUCCAAAUGUUGAAUCACCGGCAAAUGUUGAUGCAGCCAUACAGAUGCGUAAUCAUCCGGAUGAAUAUGCUAAACAAGUUCGUUUCUUUACACAAAAAACAUUGGAAUGAACAACCAAACAAAAAAAAAGCUUGCUUGUUUGAUUUUCUGCUUUGAAUGUUUUGUGAAUGAAUAAAAGUCA